GAAUAAUCAUAAUAAUGAAAAUUCCUCCUCUUUAGAUUUAUUUGAUGAUCACAGUGCAAAAGAGCAACAAUUAAUUUUGCAAAAUAUUUGCAUGAAUAACUAUAUGUUACAGCAUUAUUUGCAAGAAUAUCAAAAUAUUGAAGUUUCUAGCGUUGAGGAAAAAUUGGUAGGGCGUCCCUCCAAAAAAACCCCAAAUUAUAAAUUCCUCUCAAAAACCCUAACUCAACUAGCUGCUCGCUUAACCGUAUAUCAUUCUCCUCAGCCGUCUCUGUAGCUCCCAACGCUCCGCUCAAUCAGGAGACUAUGGAUGCUCAAAUGCGAGAUGCAUUAUCCCCUCCUCAAGUUAAAGCAACAUUUCACCUAGGAUCAGAAGCAUACUCUGUUGAGGCAUGUAAAGGGAUUUUAUCGGAGCAACUGAUAUCUAUGAAAGAGCAAAGCAUGACCAUACUAAAGGACUAUAUCACCAAGCAUAAUGUUCCAAAUGAAGUCCCAGAUGAACCAGAAGAAUUUUCCUCAGAAGAUGAUGGUGAAAUUCCCGAGCAGCCCCCUGUAAAAUCCAAGAAGCGCAAUUGAUAGAGAUGUGGAAUUUAUUGCCAGUUGCCAUAACUUGAGAUCAAGGGAACUCUUUUAGUAUUUGUAAGUGUGAUGUGAAUGCUUGGUGAAAGUUCCCAUACUCUUUAAUUGGACAAUUUUUCUCUAGAAUGGCGUCUAACAAAAGGCCCUUUUGUUUGUUCAAGCUUUUUA